GCAGCCCGUCGGCUCCGCCCCCAAGAUGACGUCAUCCACCACCACGCGGCCGCCGGGGUUCGUACAGUGCUACGUCUGCCAAAGGGAAUUCGGGUCUCGGUCCAUCGAGAUCCACGAACCUCAGUGUCUCGAAAAGUGGAGAGCCAGAAACGCCAAGUUGCCAAAGACGAGGCGGGAGCGCACGCCCUCGCCGCCCGCGGGACACCCACUCCACGCAGACGACGACCGAGGAGACAUGUCGCCCUCCCCGGCAGCCUACACGCCCACGUCAGACCCCGACGAGCUCAGCACCUCCUGGUCCCACCCCGGAAAGCCGCCCGCGCAGCCUCAGAAUGGGCGGCCGCGCUCAGCCUCCUUCAGCGAGGGCAGGAGGAAAGUGCGCCCCUCCACCGCCACGCUCGAGAAGCCCAAGGUCCGGCCGUCCACCAUGCGGUUGCCUCGACCCUCUCGCCACAUCGCCGUGCCGGUCAUCACGGCCCAAAACUCGCGCCCCUCCAAGAAGACUUCCAAUCUCAGAAGCUUCCUGCCGAGGGGACGUCGAAGGCAGCUCGAAGAGGUGUUCACGGGGCCGAAGGAUAAAGUGAAGAUCCCCGAACCGUGCCUGACGUGCGGGAAGGAGCAGAACCCGGAGCGGUUCCACAGCCACCCGCUCGACAUCAUGAAGUUUAAGCCGAAGACGGAGGAGCGCGCCAAAGCCAGGGCGCUGAGCAAGCUCAUCGUGACCAAACCCACGGCACUCAAGUACAAAAGUCGAAGCGUCGACAUCGAGAACAAGGCCCCGGGCGGGCGGAGGAGCAAGCUGAAGCCGCCCUCGACGGCCUCCAAGAAAUCCCGCAGCGUGGACAGCUCGCCCGUCCCCGCCAAGAAGGGCCAGAGCGCGAUCCCGCUCAAGAAGUUCAUCAGUGAACAAAAGGCUUCCAUGAACAAAAACAAAGACUUCACCGUCGAGAUCUUCGACGCGCAGUCUUCGCCGAGGAGCGAGGACAGCUCCAGCCCGCCGGCGCCGCAGAGAAGGCGCGAGACGUCCAGACAGAACGGGGAGAGCGAGCGCAAGAAGGGGGCGCCACCUCAUCCUCGACACAUGGGCAAGAUCGAGGAGGAGCGUGAAAGCCGACCCGAAGAGACCACGAAGACCCGGAGAUCCGAGAACGGAAGCCGGCGAUCCGAGAACGGGACCCGCGGAGGACAGAGAGCCACCGGAACGGCGCCCACCCGCGUGUGCUACAUCUGCGGGCGGGAGUUCGGGAGUCGGUCCUUGGCCAUCCAUCAGCCACAGUGCCUCGAGAAAUGGAGGCGGGAGAACGAGAAACUACCACGCAACCUGCAGCGUCCGGAACCCGUGCUUCCCGAACACGAACUCACACACGAGGAAUGGAACGAAUACGCGUGGAAGACGGCACAGGCCCAGCUCGUGCCCUGUGAAUGGUGUGGCAGGACCUUCUUCCCCGAGAGGCUCGAGGUUCACCAGCGGGGAUGCAAGCCGCCUCCAGGAGCGACGAAGAAGGCGCAGAGGUCGUCGAACCGCCCCGACACCUCCUCCAACCUCAACGCCUCUAUGUCCGUGAGUAAACCCACGAUCGUCUGCUACAUCUGCGGUCGCGAGUUCGGCUCCAGCUCCAUCAAGAUCCACGAGCCGCAGUGUCUCAAGAAGUGGCGUAUCCAGAACGAGAAUCUGCCGGACAACCUCAAGAGACCCGAACCCAAGAAGCCGGACGUGGUUUACGAUGAUGAUGGCAAGGUUGACAAGGAAGCGAUGGCGGAGGCGGCGUGGAAGACACAUCUCGAGACACUCGUUGCAUGCAAGUGCGGGCGGACCUUCUUCCCCGACCGUCUUAUUGUGCACCAGAAGGCGUGCCUGAAGGAGGCGUGAUAGAGGCGGCGGCUUCGCUUGCUCCUUACCCUCCCUCCCUACUUCGCCCUUCCCCGCCCCCAACCUUGUGAUAGAAACACGCUUCCCCCGGGGAAUGUUCCUUUUGGAUGCCUGCUACCCUGUUUUAGACGCGUCCAUCGCCCCUCUCGACGUCCAGGUUUCGAAGCUGUCCCUCUCGAACUUCCCGGGUUUCGAAGAUGCCUGAUUCGAACUUCCCGGUUUCGAAGCAGCCUGUCUCGAAUUGUCUCGAACUUCCCGGUUUCGAAGCUGUCUGGUCCAGCGACUCCGACUCUGGCCGUAGACGUCUUGUGUAUCGUCGGGCUUCGAGACUAAAGUUGGCCGCUGUGAAUGCUCAGUAUGCUUGUGUAAAUAGACGAUUCAAAAGAUUUUUUUAUUGCAAGACAGACAUUAAUUUUGUAAAGCUUUUAUGGACCCCCAGUUGGAAAGAAGAAAUAAGAAGAGUCUGUGAAUAAUGAGACGAACUCAGGACAAAAAUCGAAGACGAGGGACUUAAUGAACUGACGUAUUAGUUCAGCGGGGAUGUGCACACAGAUCAGUUUAGUUAUUCAAAAGGCUAAUUUUGCUCACAUUUAAAUUACGUAUAAUAUUAUCAUGAAGGGAAAACUCAUGACGAUAUGCUGAAGAAAUGUGCUUCAAGAUAACUGCUUAGAAAAUCGUUUAUAGAAAUGCCAUCAUAAUGUUAAUAGAACAUAGAAAAGACCAAAAAAGACGCGUACCUGGUCACGUCGGUUAUGCCAUGACGUCAUAACAAGCUAUGACGUGAAACUAGUGACGUCAGACCAUUGUGUUUAAAAAUAUCUCGAGGCGGAGAUCAAUGCCGUAAAGGCAGCGGCAGGUGAGCUCUGUGCAGGUCCCACAAGAUCAAUGACGCAACCAUGUUAUAUCGCCUAAUGGCUCCUUGUCCGCGCCGCCUUCACACAACCCUUCAGAAACAUCACUCCACACAUGCGCCGUUUUCCAGACUUCGGUGGUAGAAAUAGUCACUCAAAUUAACUUGCACAUACACUCACAUAGGCCUCGUGUACAAUGGAAUCUUUAGUCAAACAUAUGACAGGUCAACGCACGCACACACACACACACACACAUACACACACACACACACACACACACACACACACACACACACACGCACACACACGCACACACACACACACACACACGCACACACACGCACACAUACACACACGCACACAUACACACACGCACACAUACACACACACACAC